UAUAAAUUCCCAAUACUUCUUCCUAUAUCUCCCGCUAAAGGUUCAUCGUGCUGGUCGACACCAUCUACGAGUGUCGGGGCAUGCUAUUCCUGUCCAGCAAUGAAAAGUCUGUUAUGGGCCUGUUCGAUUCCCUAUUGGAAGGGAAGACUUUCAGCGCAACCUUACCCAGGCAGGGCAUGUCCGUAGUUGGCACGGGCGGAUCUUCGGGGCGAUCGACCACCAUGUUUGGCGACACGGAGUGGAGUGCAACCGGUUUGGUAGAUGCAUCGCUGGGUGACCAGGCUGGAUGGAAGGAAACGGAGUUUGCGUAUCAUCGGUGCUUAUCAAGGUUGGUAGAGAUGCAAAGCAUAGAGUACGAGCAACGCCAUCGAUACCGCCAUCACGAAGCCUCCAAGCCCCUGUGCUAAUCAGUCGCGCCCCUUGAUCAAGUGUGAGCUUUACGCAUAGAUAGUGCCUCGGUUGUGAGAUGUUCUAUCCUUGGCACACCUUAUUCAAGUGCGAGCUAUACGUAUAGGCAGAUGGAUGGUUCUGGGAGUUCUGACUAUACGCAACGGACAUGCUGGUCUCUUGCAAAAUAGUUCGGUACUACGUACACGUGUGUGCGUCGCGGCAUACCACCCAAUUACUAAUAGACUAGCCUCAAGGAUUCAGGUCGUUCCGAACAUCACCCGAACGAAGGACCAUCCCGGCGGUGUGAGGCAGAUAGCUGCACAACUAUAGCACGACAGGCAGUACCGAACUGCAGGUGUAGGGGCACUACCUAUGAGCCGGCUGAGGCCGGAUGCUGUCUACGUACUAUGAACCAUGUUAACUGAGUUCAAUCAUAAUACCAUUGACUGGGCCCUUAUGUAGUCUACUUACUAUGAACCAUGCUAACUGAGUGCAAUCAUAAUACGUCAAUGAGAACGUGAUGUCAGAGCCUGUAGCCUG